AUGGCUCUCAUCCCUGGGUGGAACGAUCUCCCUAAAGAUAUCCUACCAAUAAUUGGAGAACACUUAGAAAAUUUGUCCGAUUACAUUCGAUUUCGAGCCGUUUGUGCUUCGUGUAGAAGCACUUUGCCCAAGUGGCCAAAGCACCAAUAUUAUCAAGUUCCACGCUUGAUGAUUCCUCAUAAAGUUUGUUCUUCGUUGUUUAGAGGGUUCUUCAACCCUUUAAACCAAGAAAUUUAUUGCCCUGAUUUGAGUGAAGUCAGUGGUCGGUGCCUUGGCUCUUCCAAUGGUUGGUUGGUACUUCUCGACAACUCUUGGACGCUAAAACUCUUUAAUCCUCUUACAAAGCUCCAACUCCAACUCCCUUCGACUUCUUCUUUUCCAGAUCCCUAUUUGAUCUACAAUCCAAAUGGCCGCAUCGACCACCAAACAGAUGUUCCUGUUGCAUAUGUACACAAAAUUUGCCUAUUGCACUCGAAGGACCAUUUUAUAGCAGUGGCCAUAUAUAAUGUAUUCUCGAAGAUUGCUUUUACUAAGCUUGGUGACGACAAAUGGACAGCUAUUCCUACGUCAGACAUCUGUGAUUGCAUAUUAUUCCAUGAAAAGAUCUAUGCUUUGACUAAAUUUCAAGAUCUUGUUGUCUCUCCUAUCGACGAUCCGACACAAGUGGCGGGUAUAAAAGUGAAGAACAUGAAUGUGAUCAUGCGACAACGGCUUUCGAUUGAGUCCACGUUGUAUUUGGUCGGUCGAGAUGAUGAGUUGUUGAUGGUUGAAAGACUUUUUAAGGUGCAACAUGUUCAACUUAGAGGGAAAACAAGUUAUGCGUCGAAGACUGUUGGGUUCAACUUAUACAAGUUGGAUUGGGUAGAAAGCCGAGCGACAUGGUCUAAGAUUUAUAACCUCGACGGGUGUUCUAUCUUCUUGGGGUUGAAUACUUCUCUUUGUAUCUCGUCUAAAGAUUGUCCCAAGCUGAGAGGUAAUCAAAUCUUCUACACCAAUGAUAGCAUGGAGCUUGAAAGGAAUACGAUGAAUUUGAGACUAAAGCUAAACCGUAAUGACUGGUUUUUGGCCUCAUUAACAAACAUUGCCCAUAUAGAUAAAAUCAGUUAUACUCUUAAGGUAUGGGUGUAUGAGACUAUCUCGACGUUGAGUGUGCGAGUAGCAACGAGGUUGAGUGACGACGUCAUUCCUCGGCUUCUCAGAUGGUCAUGCACCUAUUCUCGUGGGUUUCGUGUGUUGGCGAGUGAUGUAUUCGAUAACACGCGAUCCAAGGUGAAGGAAUACUUGGAGUUGACAGAUGCUAAGCAACAGCACAUGGACCGUAUCAUGCUUCCACUGGAAGCCUGCAUCGUUUCCCUCCAAGAGACGACAUUGAUGUAA